AUGGUUACUCGACAGAAUAAUAUUGUGGCAAGCAGUGCCGGCUAUGCAUCUAACCUGCAACGUUAUACAAGUUCAGAGUCUUCAACAUCACAUAAUCAGAAUCUUCUCCAUAUGAAUCAACAGAAUGGAGCUGAGAUUCCAGAUGAGAAUUGGGAAAGUUUAUGGGGUUCUCAAGUUCCUUCAAGAAGGAGGUCACCGGUGCUGUACAGUAGGGUUUCAUCAAUCCAAAAACUUCAAAUGGACCUUCACAACAUUCUAAGGGACGAAGGUCCUUUCAUUGCAUCUGAAGGCCCGGAGGAUGUGCUCAUUUAUAAUGAUAACAUCAACAAGCUGCAAAUUCCUUCUACUGAAAUUGGCCUUGGAAGCAUUCUUCUCAAAUUUCCUGCUACUGAUUCUCAAGAGCAGGAAAUUGAGCCAUCCUCUUCCAACACAUGUGGCAAGCCUUCUGCCUUGAAUGAUGCUAAAAUAGCUUCUCCAUCUCUGGCAAAUGCAUGCAGUGAUGGUGUUGAUGAUGGCAUGCAAAAUGAAUUGUAUGAUGAUGGCAUUCAAAAGGCAUGCAGUGAU